AUGAUGCCUCCCUCGUGGAAACCAAACGACUACCUUCCUGUCCCCCAGUCACCAAUCCCACCAUCGCCAUCCAGCUCGUCACGACCCGCAAAACGAGCCCUUCAUGCCAUCGUCCUACUAUUAGUCGGAGCCGUGGCUCUGUCCCAAUCCCACCUGCACCUUCUCCGACCGCAGUGCGCGAAGCCCCAUCAUGGCUCUCCACAUGCCGAUCAUGGCAGUCCUUUUAGCUGGGACCAAAUCACACCCACCAAGCACCUCAUCUACCACCCGUGCUUCGACGACCACGAAUGCGCCCGCCUCGAGCUCCCCAUGGACUGGAACCGCACAGACACCCAUGGAGCGCAGAUCGCACUGGCCGUGAUCAAGCGCCCCGCCAAGGUCCCCGUCACCGAUCCGCGAUACGGCGGGCCGAUUCUCUUGAAUCCCGGGGGCCCCGGCGGUUCGGGCGUGAGUAUGCUCCUCAAGCGGGGGCAGCACAUCCAGAUCGUGGUGGACUCGGCGGCGCAGCCGGCAGCACCGGAUUCGCAACAACAAAACGAAGAAAAGUUCUUCGAUGUGGUCAGCUUUGAUCCCCGCGGGGUCAAUAAUACGACCCCCGCGUUCUCGUGUUUCCGUGACUCGGCCGCGCGACGGGCGUGGAAGUUGCAGGUGGAUGCGGAGGGGAUUCUGGGGAGCGAGGAGAGGGUCUUUGAUGCGCGGUGGGCGCGGCAUGGGGCGAUGGGGCUUACAUGCACGCACCCGGGGGAUGAGGAAAGCGGCGAAUGGAUCGGGCGGUUCGUGAACACCCCGACGGUGGUCGCGGAUAUGGUUGAACUCAUUGAGCGGCAUGGCGAGUGGCGGGAGCGCGAGACGAAGAGGAUUCUUGGAAGGUUGCGCGAGAGGGGCUCGCUGGAGGCGGUCGUCGGCAGCAGCAGCAGCAGCAGCCAGACACAGGCAGAGGCAAAAGCGAUCCUCCGGCGUAAUCGCUGGGUGCCAGGCCAGGAGAAGCUGCAGUACUGGGGGUUCUCGUACGGAACGGUCCUGGGAUCCACGUUCGCCGCGAUGCAGCCCCAUCGCAUCCACCGGGCGGUGAUCGAUGGCGUGUGCGACGUCAACGACUACUACGCGGGCGGCUGGCUCACGAACCUGCAGGACGCGGACGCGGCGUGGCUGUCCUUCUUCGAGCUCUGCGAUUCCGUCGGCCCGGAGGUGUGCUCGUUCGCUACGGGGCAGGGGGGCCUGCAAGCGACGAUCGAUCGCUACGAGAAUCUCCUGACGACCCUCAAGGCGAACCCGGUCGCGGUUCCGGCGUCCGGGGACCGCGGCCCGGACAUCAUCACCUACAGCGAUGUGAAGAUGCUGGUUAUGCAGGCGGUUUACACGCCGAUGGAGUCAUUCGAGCGGGUGGCGCGAUUUUUGACGGACCUCACUCACAGGAAUGGCUCCGCGUUUGCCGAGUACAAGCAGCGGGAGCGCCAGGACUGGCGUCGGACGCCCCCGUGUGAUCAUAAUGGUUCCAAGCCGUGUAUGGUUCCGGGUGAAAAUACCGACGAGGCGCAGAUGAGCAUCCUAUGCUCCGAUGGGCAGGAUAUCCGUGGAAUGGAUAAAGAGACGUUCAGGAACUACUGGCACACGCUGCGUAACCAGAGUGAGACUGUGGGGGACAUUUGGGCUGAGAUCCGCUUCGGCUGCAUCGAGUGGAAGGCAAGGCCUGCAUGGCAAUUUGAGGGCCCAAUCGCUGGGAACACAUCCCAUCCGCUAUUGUUUGCGGGAAACACUUACGACCCAGUCACGCCUCUCCGAAAUGCAUUCACAAUGUCGAAGCAGUUCCCCGGGUCGGUUGUACUACAGCAGAACUCAGUUGGGCAUUGUACCUUGAGCGGCCCGUCGUUGUGCUCAGCCAAGGUGAUCCGAGAAUACUUCCAGACUGGCGAGCUCCCCAGUCAUGGCAAGGUCUGUGAGGUUGAAGAAAGGCCUUUUCAUGUUCCUGGUGUGCAGCAAAGCAGCAGUUUGUCGGCCGCCGAUCUGACCCUACUGUCUGCUUUGCACUCGCUGGCGCAGGAGGAGAGGUCUUUCACCAGGGUUCCACCGCUGAGCUUCUGAGUCUGGCGUCGAAACUCUAGGAUGGUUACUCAACUCCGGGGAAUGGAGUCGUCUGAUAACAUGACCGCUAUGGCCAAACUGCUUUGACCUUGUACAUUCGCUCAUAUAUGCCACUGUCAAUACAACUGGCUCUGACUGGGAAGCACAGCCGUCAACGCUUGUAGUAACAGUCUCACAAGAAUAGUGGAUCUGUCUCAACAUUCAAGACGAAUGCGGCGCCAUCAGUUCAUCUGGUUGGGGGUUCCUGCAUCUAGACACGAUUUCUUAGUGACCCUGAGCACUGUGUGUAAGCAUCUAUAGAUCAGUCCCUGAUUAUAUCGGUGGCGAUAAUUAUCGCCUUCUAGAAUCCAGAUGCUGUAUAAGCAUAGUGGAGACGGUUGCCCCGGAAUUCGAC